AUGGAUCCUCAGAACGGUGGGAUUUGGGGAUAUGACUGUCUCAGAAACUUCCGUGAAAUCUCUCCGGCCGUGCAGAAUCAUCUUAAGCGGGUCUAUCUCACGUUAUGCUGUGCUCUUCUUGUGGCUGCGUUUGGAGCUUACCUCCAUGUGCGUUAUAAUAUCGGUGGAGUUCUCACUUCUCUUGGAUUUACUGGAGUCAUGUUCUGGUUGCGCUUCACUCCUUCAUAUGAACGUUUAUCAAAGCGUCUCUCACUUCUGUUUCUAUCUGCCCUGCUUAAAGGUGCUUCAGAUGGUCCAGUGAUCAACAAGGUCAUAAAUUUUGAUACAAGGGUCCUGAUCACUGCAUUUGUGGGAACAGCAGUAGUAUUUGCGUGUUUCUCUGCUGCAGCAAUGUUGGCAAGGCGUAGAGAGUAUCUUUACCUCGGAGCUUCAAUUUCUAGUUGUAUGUCCGUCCUUUGGUGGGUUAAAUUUGCCUCUCCGAUCUUGGGAGGCUCUGGCUCUGCAUUUCUCGUCAUGUUUGACCUAUACCUUGUACUCAUGAUCUUUUUGGGAUACAUAGUGGUGGACACACAGAUAAUAAUAGAGAAAGCACACGAUGGUGAUAUGGACUAUGUGCAACAUUGUUUCACCUUCUUCACUAAUUUUGUUGCUCUGUUUGGUCGAAUUAGCAUUCUCUACAUGUUUAAGAAGAUGAAGAAAAAGCUGAAACUGAAGUCACCAUAG